AUAAGCAAAACUUCAUAACAAGCUUUGAAUAUCCUCCAAGGUAGUAGAUAAACUUCCUUAGAUCACACAUUUUCAAUUUACAAUGGAGAGAGUAACAAGAUUGGCAUCACAAAGAGCUGUAAUGAUCUUUAGCAAGAGUACAUGUUGUAUGAGUCAUACUAUCAAGACCCUUUUCUAUGAUCUCGGAGUAAACCCAACAGUUCGUGAACUCGAUGAAGAACCCAGAGCAGGAAAAGAAAUCGAGAAAGCACUUAUAAGGUUGGGAUGUAGUCCUUCGGUACCUGCCGUAUUUAUCGGUGGUGAGCUAGUUGGAGGAGCUAAUGAAGUUAUGACUCUUCAUCUCAGUAGCUCUCUCGUUCCAUUGCUGAAGCACUUAUAGAUAUCCUGAAUUUCUGUCAAAGUUGCAUUAUCU